GGGACGGACGCGGGCGAUGGUACCGGUGCUGCGUUACCUGGGCAGUACCUGCGGACCCGCCAGGGGGGCUCUCCCGGGGGGCUUCUCCGCGGCAGGCUGGCGGGCACUGGGGAGGCCCUGGCCACUGUGCCAAGGUGGCCGCCGAGCCAGCACCAGCUCAUUUGAUGUAGUGGUUAUCGGUGGCGGAAUUGUGGGGCUUGCCUCUGCCAGAGCACUCAUCCUGCAACAUCAAGCACUUUCCGUUGGUGUUCUGGAAAAGGAGAAAGAUUUAGCUAUUCACCAGACUGGACAUAACAGUGGUGUCAUACAUAGUGGAAUUUAUUAUAAACCUGAAUCUCUGAAAGCUAAAUUAUGUGUACAAGGCUCAGCCCUCAUCUAUGAGUAUUGUAACCAAAGGGGAAUUUCCUACAAGCAAUGUGGCAAGCUUAUAGUAGCUGUUGAACAAGAAGAAAUUCCCAGACUUCAGGCUCUGUAUGAGAGAGGCUUGCAGAAUGGUGUCCAGGGUCUGAGGCUGAUCCAGCCGGAGGAUAUAAAAAAGAAGGAGCCAUAUUGUAGGGGUCUAAUGGCUAUUGAUUGCCCACGUACUGGCAUUGUGGACUAUCGACAGGUGGCUUUGUCAUUUGCCCAGGAUUUCCAAGAAGCAGGUGGCUCUGUCUUGACCAAUUUUGAAGUAAAAGAUAUUGAAAUGGCUAAAGAAAGUCCUUCAAGAAGUAAAGAUGGGAUGAAAUAUCCUAUUGUUAUAAGGAAUACAAAGGGAGAGGAAGUUCAGUGUCAGUACGUUGUGACAUGUGCGGGACUUUACUCAGACCGCAUUUCAGAGUUGAGUGGCUGUAAUCCCGAUCCUCGAAUUGUACCAUUCCGGGGAGAUUACCUGCUCUUGAAGCCGGAAAAAAGCUACCUUGUAAAAGGAAAUAUUUAUCCGGUCCCAGAUAGCAGGUUUCCUUUCCUAGGAGUUCACUUCACACCAAGGAUGGAUGGCAAUAUUUGGCUAGGGCCCAAUGCAGUUCUUGCCUUUAAAAGAGAGGGCUACAGACCCUUUGACUUCAGUACCACAGAUGUUAUGGAUAUAAUAAUCAAGAGUGGCUUGAUUAAACUGGUGUUCCAGAAUUUCUCCUAUGGUGUUAAUGAAAUGUAUAAAGCCUGUUUCCUCAGUGCAACAGUGAAGCACCUUCAAAAGUUUAUCCCUGAAAUUACUAUCAGUGAUAUACUUAGAGGUCCAGCUGGAGUAAGAGCUCAAGCCCUGGACAGAGAGGGGAAUCUGGUGGAAGAUUUUGUAUUUGAUGGAGGAGUUGGGGAUAUUGGAAAUCGCAUUCUUCAUGUGAGAAAUGCACCUUCCCCUGCUGCCACUUCUUGCCUUGCAAUUUCUGGAAUGAUUGCAGAUGAAGUCCAACAAAGAUUUAAAUUGUAAAUAAUGAAAGGAGAUAGGUAUGCAUUUUAAUCUCCACAUUCAGCAACAAGAAUGUACUAAUUACUUUCUUUAAUUUUAAGAAAAAUGAUUUGAAAAUCUCAAUUUUAGGUAUCCCAUUUAGAUAGCCACUGAAUUGUUAAAAUGAUGAACAUAGAAAUAAUUUUUUAGAGUCCAUGUUCUUUUACUUUCUGAAUGAAGAGACAAAGUACAGUUGUAUCUGUCUUGAAUCCCUGACUUUGUUAAUAAUCUGUCCUUAUCAACCAUGAUCUAGAGAUCUGGCUUUUAAAAAAUUUCUGGAUAUGAUAGUAUAAAGAAUUGGUUAUUCUCUUAACUUUUUGGUUUUAUGAUAUCUAAGCUUUUUUGUCUCUCCUAGACAAGAAAAUACAGUAUAUUGUAGAUUGCAAACUUCUUUUUAAUUUUGAAGAGUCAUAGAAAAUAUCUCAUUACUUAGAGCAACUAUAUUUGUAUGUGAGAAUUUUAAAUUCUUGGCUUAAAGAAAAUCCAAGACAUUUCACAUUUUUAAGUAGUUGGCAUAAGGUUCUAAAUUAGCUAUAUAAUAUUUGUAGGAAAUAGCUUUGCAAAAGAAAUACAAAGCCUUUAUUAUUCCCAGUGUCUUUGUAACUGAUGUGGUGUGGUGUCACCACUAAAUCCAAAUAGUACAUACAGUAUGAGUGAUUGUUGCCAACUUUUUAGUCUUCUGUGGUUGGGAAACUGAAAGAACUUCGAACUGAUAGGUUUUUAUGAGAGCAGUUUUAGAAUCCUACCACUAAUAUACAGUUUUAAAAAUCAUAAAUACCUUAUAUCUCUGUUCUUCAGUCACACCACGGUUCUCAGAUGUUGGCCAAGAUCACUAAUGAUUCAUGCCCACUUGGUUUUUCAGGGAUCCUGUGAACUAUUAUAAUACUUCUUUUGUAGGAAAUACCUAACUUCAAGGCAUUCACUUUUGUAAACCGCAGAAGUGCCUUAUGUUCAUGUGUACUUCAUGAGUAUUUUAAAUUGUUGCCCAGUGCCAUACUGUAUAUACUGUAUAUAUGUGUGUAAUAUCUGUUGAAAUUAUUCUUGCAGUUCAGAUAGUUGGAAAAUAGAAAUAUAAAUGAGAAUAUGGCAGCCUACUGAUUGGGGAAACUUUUGUUGUAGAACCACCAUUUAGGUGAGGUAUUGUCAUCCAUUCCCUCAUAACACUAUCUCAGGAUUAAUCUCCCCCUUUCCAUUUUUUCUUUCCUCUUAUCUCUCCAAAGAUGUGUAAUGGAUGAAUAAGAAGGAUAUGCAUUUUGGUUGACUGGAAAAUCCUUUCUGUUUUCUUUCUUUUCACUUCAAGCCUCAGUGAUUACACUGUUUGAGCUACCUCAUCCAUUAAUUUGGAAGGCUACACAUCAUCAGCUCAUGUUCAAGAAGUAGCACAUCCCAGGUAAAUAGAUUAGGCAAUUAUUUGACAUUUGGGAUGAGCAUAUUGAAAGCAUUUAGAAACCAUUCACAGAAGAAACAAGCCCUAAUGGUUCUUCAUAACAACUGAUUCCUCCAAGAUAAUGUGACACACAAGAUAUUUUUCUGUUUCAUUACAAGACUAUUAAGAGACAGAAAAUGUUACAAUUCUCUAUUUCAUCAACAGUAAGAUUACAUAUACACUAAGCUGUGAAAGACUGAAAUUACAAAUAUAACUGUCCUAAUUAAAGCGAAGUUCAUUUUGUUUGGGUCUGUACUAUACCUCCAAAAAUAUAAGUGAAAAAAGUUACUGUAAGUGUUUUGAAUGUGCAAGCUAGUCUGUGUGUAAAACAUUUUAUAUCAGUAGGGUUUUGUUGUGUAAUGAUAUAAUAUUUAAACAUUUUGUGUAUUUCUGAGAGAAGAAAAUGUGUAUUGAUUAUUAAAAAUAUUUUAAUGA